AUUCCUAAGCAGCUGGGAACCUGAGGCUGUAAAAGGGGCUGCAGGAAAUGGACUGCAGUGUAAAAUCCAGAAGCAGAACUGGAAGGUUUAACCACUGACCCAUUUCACAGGUACUAUAUAGCACAUUUUAUUUGCCAUUCUCUUUUUGAUGGACAUUGGUGGUUCCCAGUUUUUCAACUUAUAUAGACGAUGCUGCAGGUAAAUCCUGAAUGUCUCAUGCAUCCAUGGACCAAAAGAUGGAGUUGGUUUUUAUUUUUAAAAAUAGAUCAUCAGUGAUCUGAUAUGACUGUAAAUACUUGAUGAAGUUGCAUGGACUCGUCAUCAGGACUGCAAAUUUCAUAGAGACCACAGUUGGAUUCCAGUUGGAUUCUUCAAUCAAAGUGAUUCAGUCCUUUGAUAAAGUUAAUUUUGAAGAGUUUUAUGUUUAUGAACGACGCCAAAAGAUGGGAGAAAAAAAUGGCAUCGGGCCAGAGUGUCAACAGGGAAGCAACACCCCUUCUGAGGCUGCAGUGGUGGCAGCAUCCCUAAUUAGCCAGAGAGUCCCUUUGGGUGAUGCAAAAACUUUCUGGAUGGAGCUGGAAGAUGAUGGAAAAGUGGAUUUCAUAUUUGAACAAGUGCAAAAUGUGCUGCAAUCACUGAAACAAAAGAUCAAAGAUGGGUCUGCCACAAAUAAAGAAUACGUCCAAGCAAUGAUUCUAGUGAAUGAAGCAACCAUAAAUAACAAUUCAACAUUGAUAAAGGAUCAUACAUCUGUGACCCAGAAUGAACAGGAAAACAAAUCCGGUUCAUUGCCCUCUACAUCAUAUGAAGACUCCUUUCCAGAAGCCUGUACAUUUCUAUCCACAAAAAAUAAGGAAAUUCCUCCUUUGGCAAAUAAGGUUGCAUACAUCAGAGAAAAGAAAUCAUCUUUGAAUCUAUCUUACCGAAGUCAUGAUUGUUCUCGAACUUGUCUAAUUAAAGUACCACUAACCUUCAAGGGAGAAAACCCUCUGCAGCUACCGAUCAAAUGCCAUUUCCAAAGACGACAUGCAAAGACAAACUCUCAUUCUUCAGCACUCCAUGUGAGUUAUAAAACCCCUUGUGGAAGGAGUCUACGAAACGUCGAAGAAGUUUUCCGUUACCUGCUUGAGACAGAGUGUAACUUUUUGUUUACAGAUAACUUUUCUUUCAAUACCUAUGUUCAGUUGACUCGGAAUUACCCAAAACAAGAAGAAAUUGUUUCUGAUAUGGAUAUUAGCCAUGGAGUGGAAUCGGUACCCAUUUCUUUCUGUAAUGAGAUUGACAAUAGAAAGCUUCCACAGUUUAAGUACAGAAGGACUAUGUGGCCACGUGCAUAUUACCUAAAUAGCUUUACCAACAUGCUUACUGAUUCAUGUGACUGUUCUGAGGGCUGCAUAGACAUAACAAAAUGUGCUUGUCUUCAACUGACAGCAAGGAAUGCCAAGACUUGCCCCUUGUCAAGUAAUAAAAUAACCACUGGAUAUAAAUAUAAAAGACUACAGAGACAAAUACCUACUGGCAUUUAUGAAUGCAGCCUGUUAUGCAAGUGUAAUCGACGAAUGUGUCAAAACCGAGUUGUCCAGCAUGGACCUCAAGUGAGGCUACAGGUGUUCAAAACUGAGAAGAAGGGAUGGGGAGUACGCUGCCUAGAUGACAUUGACAGAGGGACAUUUGUUUGCAUUUAUUCAGGAAGAUUACUAAGCAGAUCUAACACUGAGAAACCUAAUGCUAUUGGUGAAAAUGGAAAAGAAGAGAAUAUUAUGAAAAAUAUGUUUUCAAAAAAGAGGAAAAUGGAAGCUGCAGAUUGUGAGGUUGAAGUUAUCCCAUUAGAACUGGAAACACAUAAAAGUGCUGAGACUGAGGAGUAUCUACCUACGUUCAGUAAUAAUUUAAAAGAGCCUGUUAUAGAAAUGAAAUAUAACAAUAUUUCAAGAAUUCAAUAUCAUUCAGUCAUUAGAAGUCCUAAAGUGAAGACAGCCAUUAUUCAACGCAAUGGGAAAAGGAUGGGAUUUGCUUCCUCAGAGUCUGUCAUCUCAGAAGAUAAUGAUGGAUUUAAACCAACCCAAGUACAUCUGAACUCCAAAGCCGAGGAAAUGAAAAAGGAUUCAAGCUCCUACCAAGUUAAAGACUUCGAAGACAAUCUGCUGAUUGAAUCGGAUGUGAUAGAUAUAACUAAAUGUAGAGAAGAGACUCCAUCAGGGGGCAGAUGUAACCAAGCAGCCACAUUGGAUAAACUGAAUAUUACAAAGGAGCUCAAGGCUCAAAUGCAAAAGCCCCAAGAAGAAACUCCAGCAUAUCAAAAUCACCAAGUCUUUUGUGAAAAAGAGUUCCCAAGUGAAACCAAAAAUAUUUCACCUGAUUCACUAAAGAAGUUCAAUAAAGGGAGCAUGUUUUUAUUGGAUGCCACAAAAGAAGGGAAUGUGGGCCGCUUCCUUAACCAUAGUUGUUGCCCAAAUCUUUUGGUACAGAAUGUUUUUGUAGAAACACGUGACAGAAACUUUCCAUUGGUGGCGUUCUUCACCAACAGGUAUGUGAAAGCAAGAACAGAACUAACAUGGGAUUAUGGGUAUGAAGCUGGGACUAUGCCUGAGAAAGAAAUCCUCUGCCAGUGUGGGGUUAAUAAGUGUAGAAAGAAAAUAUUAUAAAUCUGUAGCUAAUGCCUGUUGAUGAGAUUAGCUUUUCAUGCUGCAAUUAGAGCCAUGUAAGAGAACCUUCAGUCAUCAGUGGAAUUAACUUAGGUUGUGAUCCAUCAAGAGAAUUCUUUUCAGUUUACCCUUGUCAGGGAAUUCAUUUGUAUGACUUAGAAAUGCUAGGAACAAAAUAAGGACAUUUUCAUACACGUAGGCUCUCUCUUUAUCCUUUCUGCUAUUCAACUUUACACAAGUGGGAUGGAAGUGUAUAUUUUAUAUGAAAUACUAUUAUACAGUUUGUAACUUAUUUGCGAAUUAUAUAUUAAGAGAAACAAAUGUUACAAUAGAAUUCAGUUCUU